AUUAGAUUCCACUUUUCUCACAUGUGCGUAUGUCCUACAUUGGAAUCCGUAGGAUUGCUCGGCAUUUAUUGGCUGAUUGCAUGAUCGCUGUCACUGCUUACGUCAAUACGCGGAGCUGCUUCCUGAAGCUUAGCAGAUCCAGCAAAAUAGAAGAUGUUGGUCCUGGUGUUAGGUGACCUGCACAUCCCCCACCGAUGCAACACCCUUCCAGCCAAGUUCAAGAAGCUGCUAGUGCCAGGCAAAAUCCAGCACAUCCUCUGUACAGGCAACCUUUGCACCAAGGAGAGCUAUGACUACCUGAAGACCCUGGCUGGGGAUGUACACAUCGUCAGGGGAGACUUUGAUGAGAACCUGAACUACCCGGAGCAGAAGGUGGUGACAGUGGGUCAGUUUAAGAUCGGCCUGAUCCAUGGGCACCAGGUUAUCCCAUGGGGGGACAUGGCAAGCCUAGCCCUGCUGCAGAGGCAGCUUGACGUCGACAUCCUCAUCUCUGGACACACGCACAAGUUCGAGGCCUUCGAAAACGAGAACAAGUUCUACAUCAACCCCGGCUCAGCAACUGGAGCCUACAACGCACUGGAAAGCAACAUCAUCCCAUCCUUUGUAUUGAUGGACAUCCAAGCAUCCACAGUGGUGACUUAUGUCUACCAGCUCAUCGGAGAUGACGUGAAAGUGGAGCGGAUUGAGUACAAGAAAUCCUAAAACCAGGACUGAAGUAGGGGGCUCCGUUGUUCACUUAGCGUAUCGUUUCAUUCCUUUCUACCUGCAGCUCCGACUACGUCACCGUUAAUACUUGACUUGGGCAGGAGCUGCACCUCAAAUGUUCUACUGCUUGAGCUCCUGUUCCUCUUAUAGAAUAAUAGCGCCAAAGUAUUGUGGAGCUCCUGCACCUAAAUAUAAACAGUACCAGCACCCAAAAUGAGUACCAGAACCUAUUCAUGUCCAAGUCAAUCACUGGUCACCACAAUGCUGAUGCUGUACCACAUCUGUUUGCCACUUAACUCUACAGAGACAUGUUCAAUAUUGUUUAUAUUUCAUCAGCAUUUGCUUGUGUUCGACCCACCAUCUGGUGUCUGUAGAGAAUGCAAUAAGGUCACGAGUUUGCGUAAUGUCAUUUAAAAUAAAUAUUUUUAAUUUUACAUAUUGGGAUGUAAAAUGUCCUGUAAGUACAUGUAACUCCAUGGCCUUUAUCUUCCUGUAGUGGGCCUUCUCUCACUCAUUUUCCCCACAAUAAAAAUCCAAUUUCACUUUC